CACACUGUUGCGUCACCACCCACACACAUAGGGUUACAUCUGUACCACAGGGGAAGGGAGACACUGGUCAACUACUGGUGAACGGGUGUUUGUGUCAUGGCCGAGUCGGGCAAGAAGGGCGCCUUGGUGGUGGUGGGGGACAACUCCUCCAAGGGCGGAGCAGAUGGCGGCGAUGAAGAACUGUGGGGUGACGGAGAUGGAGAUGGCUCGUCUGGAGAGUGGUGGGGGGAAGAUAGCUCGCUGCCACAAGGAAGACUCUCACGGGAAUCGUCAUCGCCUGAGUCGGGAGCAAGAGCAACCAUGUCGCUGCUGGCAUCGUCAGGAACGCCCAUGGCCGCCACGUCAACAACGGCAGCCCUUGCAGUGGGGCAAGAUCGUGGGCCAGACUCGGAUAUUUCCGACGAGUCGGAGCCUGUGUUUGGUGUGCAGACUGCGUACGAGAUGCUAGACGACGAGGACGAUGACGAUGAUGGCGAGUACAACGCGUACAACGGCGAUGCUCGCUUGGGAAGCAACAACGGCAGGGAGUCUGACUCGUCGUCUCACUCAGACUCGGGAUCGGGCUCGGGCCUGUCGUCAGCCUCGGACUCGGGCUCGAGCUCGUGCUCUGAAAGCGGUGGGACGCAGAGCUCGCGGAGCUCGCGAUCGGGCGUCGGGCAGAGCGCUGGCACGCAGAUGCGGGUUCUGGGGCCAUCUGGCGUGGGCUCAGGCUCGGGCUCGGGUGACGGCGGCGAGGUAUUGGUUGGGUCGAGUCAGCAGCGGCGGCGGCGGAGACGACGCCAACGCGAGCGCGAGUACGAGCGCGACCAGCCCGGCGGAGCAAGCCGAGCUGCGUCGCUGCGGUCGAGCGCGCGGAUGUCGUCAGCAGCAUCGACGUCUACAGCAUCGUCCCGGUCUGUUGCACUGCAUGCGCGGCCGGUGUUCUCCGAGUUUGACGACGACGACGAGGAGGACGAUGACGAUGAGCCAGUUGGCCUCCCGCCGCGGGUCGGCGUCCCGCUCUCGAUGCUUGACCACGGCGAUGAAGUGGAGACGUCUGCGGGGCGCGCGAGGUAUGUGGGAGUCGAGCCGAGCUUGCGGCCCGAGCUUCUUGUCCCGCCGCUCAUUUCGCCGAGUUUGGACGGGGUAGACCUUGCCACGCUAGGGCUGGGCGGGAGCAGCGGCGGGACGUCGGGCGCGGGCGUCUCGCCGUUUGUGACGGCGCGGUCGCUGCCGCCGGUCCGCGUCGGUGCGAGCAAAGACGUGCGCGAGACGUACUCGAUUGCCAUGGUCUGCGACUUUUUCUACCCCCGGUUUGGCGGCGUUGAGUCGCACCUGUACCAGCUUUCACAAUGUUUGCUUGCGCGCGGGCACAAGGUCAUUAUUGUGACGCACGCCUACAACUCGCGGCACGGGGUGCGGAUGCUAACCAACGGGCUCAAGGUGUACCAUCUCCCGUUCAUGCCCGUCUACCAGCAGUCUGCCUUUCCGUCGCUCUUCUCGAUGUUCCCGCUCCUCCGCAACGUCUUUAUCCGCGAGCAGGUGCAGAUUGUGCAUGGGCAUGGCGCUUUCUCGUGCAUGUGCCACGAGGCGAUCCUGCAUGGGCGGACAAUGGGCUACAAGGUGUGUUUCACCGACCACUCGCUGUUUGGCUUUCACGACGCGUCGUCGAUCCACAUGAACAAAGUGCUCAAGUUCACGCUCUCGGACAUUGACCACGUCAUCUGCGUCUCGUACACCUCCAAGGAGAACACGGUGCUGCGGGCGCAGCUCGAUCCGCGCGAUGUGUCGGUUAUUCCCAACGCAGUGGACACGACGGUGUUUCGGCCAAACCCGGCAGCCAAGGACCACUCGCGGAUCACGAUUGUGGUCAUGUCGCGGCUAGUCUACCGCAAGGGAGUCGAUCUAGUCAUCCAGAUCAUUCCGCGCAUCUGUGAGGCGUACCCGCAAGUCUCUUGGAUCAUCGGUGGCGACGGCGACAAGAUGCUGGCGCUGGAGGAGAUGCUGGAGGAGUUCCAGCUCCACGACCGGGUCGAGGUUCUCGGCGAAGUAGCGCACGAGGACGUCCGCGACGUGCUCGUCCGCGGCGACAUCUUUCUCAACUCGUCGCUCACCGAAGCGUUUUGCAUUGCCAUUGUCGAGGCUGUCUCGUGCGGCCUGCUGGUUGUCUCAACCCGGGUCGGCGGCGUGCCCGAGGUUCUGCCGGAGCACAUGAUCAAGCUGGCCGAUCCCGAGCCGGGCGACCUCAUUGCGCGGCUCGACGAGGCUAUUGCUGAGGUCCACGAUGUGCAGCCGUACGAGUUCCACGGCGCAGUCCGCAACAUGUACAACUGGAACGACGUGGCGGCGCGGACCGAGGUUGUCUACGACAAGAUGAUGAGCGCCGAGCCGGUCCCGCUCAUCGAGCGCUUCCGGCGGUACUACGGUUGCGGCCUGUGGGCCGGCAAGCUCUUCUGCAUGCUCAUGGCGCUCGACUUUAUCUUCUUCAGGCUCCUCGAGUGGGUCUUCCCGCGGUCGGGCAUCGACCUCGUGCCAGCGUUUCCAACCUCUGCCUUCCAGGCCAUGCCGAUUGCGCGGAAGCUCGGCAACCCCAACAUGGCCAAGCUCUAUGCCGAACGGUACGGGGUGCCGGAGAGCAGGCAUGUAUGAUGCAAGUGUGAAUGGGCAGGCCGGGUGCGGUCAAUGCCCCAGCCCGCGCGCGCGCUUAAGGUCCGGCGGCGGCGGGGUGGCCUCGACCGAUCCGUCGUCGCUC